CCACUGAGCAACCCGGAUCCUCUCGCUGGACAUCCACAUUAUUCAAAAGUCAAGGACCUUGGCAUAGGCAGUUUUGGGAGCGUUGCGCUAUAUCAGCGGAAGGAGGGACGCGGCGAGCCAUCGCUAUGCGCUGUGAAGUUCAUGCCAAGAAGUGGACCCGGCGUCGAUGUGAAUCUUAUUCAGCGCGAGAUUCAGAGCCACCGCGUGUUGCGCCAUCCUCACGUUAUUCGCUUCAAGCAGCUGGGCCUGACAAACACACACAUCUUCAUGUGUAUGGAGUACGCCGAUCAGGGUGAUCUUUUGGGAUUUCUGCGACGCAAGGGGCCGCUACCCGAGGCAGACGCGCGGUGGCUCUUCCAGCAGUUCAUUUUCGGUCUGGACUACUGCCAUCUGAAGGGGGUGGUCAAUCGAGAUUUAAAGCCGGAGAACUUGCUGCUCAAGCUGACGCCGGAGGCUAGCAAGCGACACAGCAACACCUUCAACUUGCACAUUAAGAUUGCGGACUUUGGGCUGUCUAAGCGCGCCGCACAUUCACUGCCCAAGACGCGCGUGGGGACGAUAAACUAUAUGGCACCUGAGGUACUGCUGGCGGGACCUUCCCAGCGGUACGACGGUCACAAGGCCGACAUCUGGUCAGCAGGCGUCGUACUGUACGCCAUGCUAUUCUCCCGCGUGCCGUUCGAGGUGAUGCACGAGCCAGCUGCGGCCCAACAACAGCAAGGUCAACAAAAGCAACAGCAGCAGGCAGGGGCUGCACGCGACCGCGCCGCGACCAUCCAGCGCAUUUUGGAGGGUGACUGGGCGGUGCCGCCGGGUAUGACCGUGACGCCCCAGUGCCUGCAUCUGCUGACCCAGAUGCUUGUUCCGGACCCAGCUCAUAGGAUCCCGAUGGCCGCCAUUAUGGAACAUCCCUGGUUCCGGAGCGGCCUGCCGCCGGCAGCGCUGACGAUGAAU